GAACCGGUUAGACACGUCUGCUGAAUACUCUCUGUGUGGUUCUUUGCUUGUGCGUCUGUGUGUGUGGGUGUGGGUGUUUCGUGCUUCGGUACGCGAGCAGGACAAUUGAAACGUUCGGAGACUUCAGAAGGAAAGGAAAGAGGAGGGAGAGUUGUUGUUUUUUCGUCUUUUGGGUGUUGCUUUUGCACGUUACACACGUACAGAUAAAGGCCUUUUCUUGAAGCAGAGAAUGACCUUGCUGCGCUCACAAGGUGUUGGCUCGAUGAGGACGUUUGUGUGCCGGCGAUGCGAAUCCGUUUCGACAAGAACACGCUUCCCCUCACCCGUCUUGCUGUGUGAAAGCGCCGCCACCCCUGCCCUCCACUCCAUGUAUCGUUCCCCAUCCGCUGCUGGGGGACUCCCCGUCGGAGCCGCAGCUGUCUUUCCAGGCUUGUUUUGCCUUUUGCGAUUCGGGCUAUUCUCAUCAUCUCCACCCUCAAGCCCUCGGUUGGCGCUUGCGGCUUCAAAGCGGUGUUUCGCAUCGACCCCGCCGUCUCUCCGAGACAAUAAAUAUCGGAGAACACCUCCGAGGUUGGUUACAAGAAUGCCUCAAUCCAUGAUAGAGGACCCCCUGGACUUCACCGCGUUGAGCAUUCGUUCCGUGGUGCGCAACACUGGACCGAUUCCGCUCUCGAAGCUGACGCCAUUGCUGGCGGACGAAUUUCUCGAGACGAUUGGCAACACCGGCAUGAGCCUGGCCAAGUUUAUUGAGCAGCGUCCCAAUUACCUCUCCGUGGUGCACCUGCCUGGCCAUGUCGUCAUCACUAUGCCUUUCCACUUAUCCAAACACUUCGACGGAGAUGAGAAGCAAAAACUGGGUAUUUGGGUGCUGGCGCUGCUGUCCGCCACGCACUUCCUGCCCGGACAGCCGCAGGUCGCCGCCUUGGGUCUCUCCUCGCCCCAACCCACCGUCGAGGAGCUCAGCAACGCCCUGAGGCUCUGGACAAUCGUGUCCCCCACACGACUCGAAAUCUUUCUCCGCAGUGAGCCGAAGCUUUUCGCCGUCCACGCCGGCACCCGCCGCGUGCGCUGUCUGGUUGUCAACGCAAUCACUCCGAACGAGACGGCGAUGCGGUCGGCCGCGGGCAGGCUGGAGCCGCUCCUGAAGGCCAUCAAGCCGUACGAGUCGUCAAAGUUUGCCCUGUGGCUGCGCACCGUCGUGCCGUCGCAGUUCCACGUGCCCGUCUCGUACGUGAUAAAGCAGGCACGGGAGCUGAACGCACUGGAGACCGCCUUCGGCACCACCAGCCCCACGUUGGAGCAGAUCAAAGGCCAGUUCCAACAGCUGCCGUCUGGUUUUGCGGAUAUCCGCGCCUUUGGCGACGCGCUGAACACCGUCUUUGUCCGUGUCAUCGAUCCGGAGCCGCUGCUGCUGGAGGCGGGCGUGCCGAACUACGGUGGCAUCAACGCACCGCCGGAGCUGAGCGCCGCGGACCACAAUCCCACUCAACUCGCACAGGAGCUGACGGCUGCCCUGGAACAGUACGCCAGUCAAAGCGAGCUCACUCGGGCUCGUAUGGUGAAAGGGCUGGAGAUGUCUCGUCUGCGCGACUACGUCCCUGCGUCGCUGAUGCGCAAGCUGGAGCAGUUUUUCGGCUUUUCAGAGAAGGACGACCCGCGUGUGUGUAUUCUGCUGCUUGACCGUCUUCGCCACCUUUGGGAGGUGCAGUUGAACGCGGGGACGGCACGUCUGUGGGCCUACCUGCCCGAGUCGGAGAUGCCGUCGUCACUGACGCUGCAAACAUCGCCGUCGCCGCGUGUGCUGUUGCACUGCCAGCGAUUGUUGGUCGAGUGCGGGGCUCAGCCACUGAUGGACCUGUAUAACGUGCUGCCGUCAGACUUGAAAAGCGCGUUUAUGAAUUUGUAUUCUCCACCGUACGAAAAGCCAACGGAAGGGGCAAUAUCAGCCGUUGUCGCGCACGACGCCUCUGCUGCUUCUUCGCUUCUCACUCCUCUAGUUUCCAGUCCACCCUCGCCACCGAGCGAGACCUGCAUCACAGGCGCUUUGCAGAUCUUUCUGCGUGCUCACUCUCUCUUCUUUUUCAUGAAAGACGACCUUGUGCAUGCCUCACGUUCCAUUCAACCCGUCCACAACGAGCGGGUUUCUCCUAUCAUGCAGAAGGAGCGUGCGGCGGGUCUGCAUCGACAGGGGAUGCCCACGGCAGGCAAAAAUGGCAAGCGUGAGUCGGCCAAGCACAGAGAGCUCCCGUUGACCGAUUUUGAGGUGGCGCAGGUGGUCUACGACACACUCCCGCCCGACAGCUGGAUCUUGGUAGAUUCUCUGCGCCGAUACCUCUGUAUGCCAAAGCCGGACUUUUUUAUGAAGAAGAGCCGCGGCCUCCCGGUGCAGACCUUCCGCCGCGAAUUCUUUGAGCGUCACCACCGCUUCUUUGAUCUGCACGAGUUGUUCGCCUUCGACAAGCUCGUUGUGUCGCGGGCGGCAAUGGAGGUGAAGGAAACUCACCUGGUCGCCCCUCGCAUCCACACCAUUUAUCACCUGAUCAAGCUGAUGGCGCUGCUGUCAGUGGACAGCAUCUCGGACGCGAGCCUGACUCGGCGUAUUCCGCUGAAAGGUCGUAUUAUAUUGAAGUCGAUCGGCAGCGUGACAGAUCUGGCGCAGCAGCUCCCGAUGUGGUUUGUUGUGCGGCGCGAUGAGGUGAACUGUGGCGCCUCCCUCAUUCGGUACAUUGGGCCCCUCGCAAAUCCGCCGAGGUCGGCAUACGCCCUGAAACCGCACCCGAGCGGAGUGCUGACGCGUAAGGUGCGGAACGACCCGUUCGCGGAUAUCCCCCCCGACAAUGUGGAGGGCGGCAGCGUGGAUGGCUGGAAUGACGACUGGAAUGAAGAUGAGGAGGACCUUUUCGGCAACCACAGCAGGUGGGACGAUGACGAACGGUAA